AUGGACGACGGAUUGGUCUGUGACGCUUACGUCUCACAGCCAUCGGCAGAGGUCGCCGCUGGAAAGAAGUUGCCAGCAAUCCUCUUCUUCAUGGACGCCAUCGGACUGCGCCCACAGAUUGAGAAGAUGGUGGACCGCAUCGCUGAGCAGGGCUACUACGUGUUUGCACCAAACCUCUACUACCGCUCGGGUCGCGCCCCCAUCAUCCCCAACUACGCCGACUUCCUCUCGUCCAAUGAGAAGCGCGGUGAGUUCUUCACCCUGUUGCAGCCAGUCAUGAAGGCUUUCAACGCUGACAUGUGCAUCAAGGACACACUCAAGUACAUUGCCCACAUCGACAGCCAGCCCAACGUUGUGCCACAAUGUCGUCUGGGCAUCACCGGCUAUUGCAUGGGUGGUCUCCAGGCCUCGAUCAUCGCCGGCACCUACCCAGAGAGGUUCUCAGCACUGGGCUCAUGGCACGGAGCCGGUUUGGCCAACCCAGCCAACCCCAAGAGUCCACAUUUCCUCGCUGGCAACAUCAAGGCCGAGUGCUACUUUGGUCAUGCUGACAAUGAUGCCAACAUGAAUGCUGAUGCCAUAAAGCUCCUCGAGCAAUCCCUCACCGCCGCCAAUGUCAAGUACACCUCCAUCAUCUACACUGGUGCCAUGCACGGUUACACCAUGGAGGAUACCACUGUCUACCACAAGGAGGCCACCGAUAAGAAGUGGAUCGCACUGAUGGACUUGUUCGAGAGGAAUGUCAAGGUGCAAGCAUCUGCCUAA